CGCAACAAAAAGCCAGCGUGUGUAUCUGAGCGUAAUCCUUCCAUGGCACCAGUGGCCGGAGGUGCGGCGACGGCGAUGCUGCAACUUCUCCUCGUCACUCACCUCAUCGUUGCCACCUGCAGCAGCCAACAGGCGGCAGGUCUCAGAGGAGCUGUUGUGCCUGCACUCGUCUCGGUGCCCAUGCCGACAAUCACGGCUGACUCACCAGAUCAGUUCCGCGGCAAGCUUCGACUUCCACGUUUUGCUUUGCCAAGCCACUAUGAGCUCAAUUUCCGCCCUGACCUCAUGUCCUACACCUUCUCUGGUGUGGUGGCAAUUACUGUCGUCGUCUUAGCACCGACCCGAUUCCUCGUGCUCAAUGUUAUGGAACUCACCAUUGACCAUGCAUCCAUUUACUUCAAGGUAUGUAAAUGGUGCACCCAUCUGUAAACCAAAGACAGCUUUCAAAGAUCCUUCCAUCCUCACGUCACAUA